AUCAGCGUUAGCUUGAUGCUAGCCUCGCAUCGUAGCACUACGGACCGCAGCUGUUUAUAGCAAUAAUGUCCAUGUAUGUCGCAACAUGGAGCCUCGUCUAAGCAGCAGUCGGAGUGCGUUGGUGCGUCGUCCGUGCGAACGUUGGCUGAAAUGUGGCACAGUUUCGUCGCAAUGAAUCGAGCGCUAACAAGUGCAGCGGGAUGCAGUUUCCGCUGAGGUAUCGUGCCUAUUUUUCUAUUUCUGACCAUCAUCAUUCAAAAAUGUUUGUGAUGAUUGUCAGUUUGUUUCUGUGUGGAAAUAUGUGAAACGCAUUAUUACGUCCUGUGCUACAGUCAUGUCAGCUUCAUGCGUGAUAGUUGUUAAUGAACUUAUUGCAAAAAAAGAGACGGGUUUUCAUUAUCCAGCCAGCUGAAAUGACUGGAUAGUAAUAUAUGUGUUGUUUAAAUCACAUCGGCGUUCUGAAUGAGCUUUUAUUAUGAAAGAUCUGCCGGUGUUGCCUUUUAGAGCCCGCCCCAGAAAGAACCGAGCCAAUCAGUGGCGUGGAUGCAGAAUGAUGGACGUCCCUCCAGCCAAUCAGAGCCAGACGCCAUGUCAGUGGGCCGAUUACAGCAGCUGGUCCUCCCCCUGUAGCCCCCUGCCCGCCCUGCAGCACCUCAGUGUGGGCUCCCCUCAGACCCAGAGCUCCUCUUCAUCCAGUUGUAACUCCAGCUUUGGACCACCGUAUCAUCAAGCUUAUGUCAAUGGAGGACAGGUCCCUCCUCCAUCUUCUCUUCCUCUUCCAAGCAAGCCUCAUCAAGCAUCACAUGUCACUCCUCACUGUGUCCAGCAAGUGUCGCCUGCUCCUCUUGUGUCCCCUGGUUUUCAGAAUGGGCCACAAAUGAACCCUACAGUUCCCCUUCACCCCGCCUCACCUGUCCAGCCUGCGUGGCUCCUCCCCCCAAACAGAGGUGCUGAAGCUUCUGAGCCGGACCACGGUGUCACGCUGCAGUCGCCGACCUCGGAGUCUCGCUAUGGCCUGAACCCGGAGCUGCUGCCUAGUGCGGUGAAAGUCAUGGCUGACGAUGCAGCGGCGUGGGCAGACAAGGUUUUCAUGUCGGAGCCUUUUUCUGGUCUUCCUCCCCUGCCCACCACGCUGUGUGUCUUCCAGGAUCGAGGCAAUGUGAGCCCACGUGUCAUCCGCCCCACGUCCUACUGCGCCCCCUUCGACGGUCAGAUGGCUCUGCGCAGCCGUGUCCCUAUGGGGGCUGUGGUCACUCCUCUGGCUGGUCCAGCGGACAGCGAGACACCCCCGCCGCUGUGCAGAGAGGAGGAGUGCGUGUCCGGGUGUCGCUCCUGUGGGGCCUACAUGUGCUCGGCCGUCAGCUGGCAGGACUGUGGUCAGAGGUUCUACUGCCCCUUCUGUGGGAAGCUGAGUGAAGUGUCCUGGCAGCACUACCAGCCCACUGCUGGAGUCCAGGGCGCCCGGGUGGACAGGGAGAAGAGACCUGAGCUUCACAUGGGCUCGUACGAGAUCCUCAGCUCUCAGAAGGAUGAAGCUGCUGUUCUUCUCCUGGCCGUCGAUGUUUCUGCGUGCGCGCUGAGAACUGGAAACUUGGAGUUUGUGACGCGUCAGCUGCACGAGCUUCUCUCCUCCCUGAAGAGAGAGCACGGUGGGACCCGCGUCGGCCUGAUCACAUACGACAGCAGGGUCCACCUCUACGAUCUCAGCCUCCACCUGUCCCGUCCACACAUGCUGGUCCUCACAGACACAGAAGACCUGCUGCUUCCUGUGAGCGAGGGGCUGCUGGUGCCCCUGGAGGACUGUGUGGAGAGUCUGCACAGUGUGUUCCAGCUCCUUCCUCACUUCACGCCCGAGUGCGACGACUCCGCCGGAGUCUCUCUGGAGCUUCCUGUCAGAGCUGGACUCGCUGUGCUCCAAACUCUCAAGUGUCCCGGCAAGCUGCUGCUCUUCCACACCGCUCCUUUGACUGAGAUUGGACCCUCCACCACCUCAGGUUUCUUUGGCUCCAACAAACCAAAGACCCUCUUCCAGCCCUCGGACGGAGCCAUCUCAUUGGCCAAGCAGUGUGUCAGUCAAGGAUGUGGCGUCCACCUCUUCUUUCUUGCCUUUCAAGAUGUGGGCGGUGCCUGGCCCGGACACGUUCCCUAUCUGACGGGCGGAGCGCUGCACUCCUACAGCCACCUUCAGGGAGAACUGGACCAGGAGCGGUUCAGCAGCGACCUCAGAAGGACUGUGAAGCAGGACACGGGUUACAAAGCAGAGCUACUGAUGUUCGUCAACAAAGAUGUGCGCGUGUCCGGCUGUUACGGGAUGUUUGUCCCAGGUCCGAGCCCCAGCAAAGUCGCCAUGGCAACGGUGGACUCCUGGACAAGCCUGGCGGUGGAACUGGCUCACAGCAGGGCUCUGGAGGAGCCCCGAGGUCUGGUCCUGCAGGCUGUCCUGAAGUACUCCACUCAGUGCGGAGAACGGAGGAUCAGGGUUCACACACUCACCUUAAAAUGCUCACGCCACCUGCAGGACACUUACCGCAACUGCCAGGCGCAGACUCUCCUCACCUUCUACUGCAAGAAGAUGUACUGCGGAGCUCUGGAGCGCCCCCUGCAGGAGCUGAGGGAGGAACUGCAGACGGAGGUGACGGAGCUUUUGGCGUCCUAUCGCAAACACUGCGGCUCCUCGUCAGUUUCGGCUGGUCAGCUGGUGCUUCCUCAGCAUCUGCGAGCGCUGCCCGUCUACGUCAACAGUCUGAGGAAGAGCGAGGUGCUGCUCCCUGGAGUGAGGAGCUCCGUCCACCAGCGGCUGCAGCAGCGCUGCCAGGUCGUGGCCAUGGAUCCCCUCAGCACUGCCACUCACUUCUACCCCCGGCUGCUCCCGCUGUUUCCUGCCCUCAGCGGCUCUUUGGCUGGCGAGGCGGCGCUGCGCUGCAGUGCUGCCAGCCUGGACCCCGGCGCUCUGUAUCUGGUUCACGCCCCCCUUGCCCUGCUGCUCUGGGUCGGUGCCGAGGUCCCAGCAUGCACUCUGGCGCAGCUCUUUAACACCAGCUGCUUCUCGUCGCUGCCAUCUGGUGAGACCAAGCUGCCUCCUCUGGAGAACUCCGUCUCCGCGAGAGUCCGAUCUCUUGUCGACUCACUGAACUCUCAGGUGUCCUGUGCUCGCACACUGUUGGUCGUGAAGCAGGGCGACGCCUGCAAGGAGGUCCUGCAGCGCCACCUGGUGGAAGACAAGAGUCCAAACGGCGGGGCUUCGUAUGCCGACUUCCUCUAUCACCUCCACGUUAACUCGGUUCGCCUGCUGCAGUGAAACCCCCCCUUCACACUCCCCGCUCUGCAGAAGAGCAGGGCUCCAGAGGCAGGAAGUGUGAUGCUAAUGGGAGAUAAUGAGGUUAAUUAGUGCGAACAUCUGUGCAGGAGCACGUGGAGAAUCGUCCGCUCAAGCUCAAGCUAGCUUGAAACGGCCCACGCACACACACGUGCGUGGACAGACUUGUUGGUGCUGCAGCUUCACACUGAGAAGGUCAUAGGUUCGCUUCCAGCUUGAGGCCACCUCAGUUGUUUCUGACUUCUCCCUGUGCUUGCAUGAGCUUUCUCCAGGCACUCCGGUUUCCUCCUGUAGUACCAAAACACACUGACUCUUUCUGACUCUAGUGUCAUUUAAAAACGCUCUUGUUUCUCCUCUGUCUGACGGACCUUUGCCUCAGGACUGAUGAGUCCUAUUCUGUCAUCUCUGGUUUCCUCCCACAAGGUCCAUGUUGAUCAACAGAAGGUGCGUUCUGACGUUCCUCACCCCCUGGGGUUGGCCUUAAUUUUUAGGGCGGGGUUCUGGACGUCCCUUCAACCCCACCGUCAUGUUCCUCAAACAGCUCAUCCAAGGGAGCAAGUUUGUGAAUCAUUAGGAUGGCAGGGGAAGGUACCGCCUUCCUCACCCUCUGAUUGGCUAUUUCUAAACGUCGUCUCAUGUUCAGCACAUGCUUAAGCAGCAAUAGGAAGAUGCUUUUGAGGUUUUUAUAUGGCGACUUGGCUGUAACAUAGUGGUUAGAGAACAGUCCACAAGGUUGCUGGUUUGCUUCUGACAUUUUUUUUUUUAAUUCAUUCAUUUUCAAUGAAAAUUAUACCACGACCCAGUUCAAACGAUCUAACGAAAGUAAUAAAUAUCAAUUUCAUUGACUGUGUUUUUAAUGACCAAUCGAUAAUCCAGAAAGAUCCAAAUAAAACUUGUGAGAUGUUUUUUGCCGAAAAACCAAGGGGUAUUUCUUUGUUUCUAAAAAAUAGCCGGCUAGAUCUGAACAGCUAUGGUAAGUAUCUGAGCAGAGGCAAAUGUUUCCAGCUAAGUUGUUCAUUUGUUAGCAAUAUAAAUAUAUAUGUUCAAGAGUGGUAACAGUUAGAAGCAUUGGAGGCCGGACCUUCUCUACCUUCCCUUACCAUCCUAACAUUUGAUGCCUUAAAUCACAACAUACAGUUGAGUCACUGCAAUAAAUCUCCUUUCAUGCGACUAUGGAGGCAGAAUGUACAUUUCUGAAUGUCCUUCCCUGCGGCUUUGCUUCUCCUGGGUGUGUUUUAGAAGCUCUGUAGGGCUACUGCCACCUAUAGUCCGGUUGAGGUCAUUGCAUCAUAACGUUAUUGAUAGAUAAAUAUUGCCUUUCUAGUCUAAAAUGCUUGUUUUGAACAGCAAUUCAAUAUCAAUGAGUGAUUUUCUUGAGUUCAUUUUUAAUUUGUUUUUAUAUAUCACUGCUUUUGUCAGAUACUUCGGUGACCCUCGUGGGUUUUACUCUCAUGACCACAGCACCACCUUCACUUUUUCCGGGCGACUGAAGAGGACGAUGAUGAUUAGAAUAUGAUAUCCUUACAUCAUCUUCUGCAGUCUGAUACUUAGAUUUGUGGGUGGGCGUGAAGGGAGCUCACGUCACCCCGAAAGGGACCCAGGUUUCGAUCUAGACCCUCGACCGCCGCUGGUUCUGAACGCUUUCACCAUCAAGUGGUUUAGGCGCCUCUGUGGGAGGAAAUCCGAGGAGGCAGAUGAACAGCGUGUCGUUGUCAUUGAUAAACACCAGAAUAAAGGCGAUCACUGAAUUCACUUCAAAGUGCGUGUCGUCCGUGAACGGUGGCACACAAGCGCACCCACGUCUGACCCUAUUAGGAAGCACCGCGGCGGGGUUGUGCCCCGCGACUGCUCGUGUCGCUUCACCUUGUCGCCGAGCGGGGGCGCCACAGAGCCGCCAGUUUGAGCCACUUCUC